AGGCAUUUACUUUUUAACUAACGAGAACUAGAGUUGAUGACAAAAGAUAAUUAUCCUCAAAAAGAGAGAUAGUCAUAUCCUCUGGAUGCCGGACUUGGGUAACAGUGGGCCAUUGGUCCUGUGGGACUUCGCUUUCUUUCAUGCUUUUUAAUUUGAAGAAAAUACACUUUCAAUCUACCCAAAAUGAGUAUAAUUUUUUUACAUAUAGAACAAUACUUUUCAAUAAGAUUUUUCACGAGGGAAACAAAAUCAAUGAGAAAGAAAAUUCAAAUAUUUUGGCUAUCAACUUGCGCUCAUAGAAAAUAAAAGAUUCCCCCAAAAUUUGAAACGCCAAACUGCAAUUCCACUCAGAGCCUCUGGGCGCCGCUGUCGGCCAGUGCAGAGCAAGCUCUAAUGCCCGGGAUCCCUCAGUCUCUAAGCAGCAUUUUCCUGCGCUUGAAACAAAUACACACCAAGGGGAACACUCAGUCAUACAUACUAAGACACCGAUUCCCGGUCCCAAACUGGGGUCCCGCUGUCCGGGACCAAACCGACCUCCACCCCGGUAGACUGCACUCUCUCCUACUGUGAAGAUCCGAAGACCUACAGAGAACUCCAGCCAGCAAUGGGAUGGAGCAGCGCACAGAGGCAGCGCCCCGGCCGCCCGCAGGUACUGUUUACCCUGCUGCUGCCUUUGUUCUGUCCCGCGCUGGGCCAGCCGGUCCGCUACUCCAUCCCCGAGGAGCUGGACCGCGGGUCGGUGGUGGGGAAUCUCGCCAAGGAUCUGGGGCUCAGUGUCCUAGAAGUGUCGGCUAGGAAGCUGCGGGUUAGCGCUGAGAAGCUGCACUUCAGCGUGGAUUCGGAGAGCGGGGACUUACUGGUGAAGGACCGCAUAGACCGCGAGCAGAUAUGCAAAGGGAGGAGAAGGUGUGAGCUGCAGUUGGAAGCCGUGCUGGAAAACCCUUUGAAUAUUUUUCAUGUCGUUGUGGAGAUUGAGGAUGUUAAUGAUCACGCUCCUCAAUUUCCAAAAGAUGAAAUAAACCUAGAGAUAAGUGAAUCCGUCAGUCCAGGGGCGAGAACAAUUCUGGAGUCGGCAAAUGAUCCUGAUAUCGGUGUGAACUCUCUUAGUAAAUACCAGCUAAGUCCUAAUGAGUAUUUCUCAUUAUUGGUGAAAGACAAUCCUGAUGGUGGCAAAUACCCAGAAUUAGAAUUGCAAAAGAUGCUGGACCGAGAAGCAGAGAGCACACACCACCUGGUGCUUACAGCUGUAGAUGGUGGGGACCACCCCCGUACUGGUACCACCCAGCUCCGAAUCCGAGUGAUGGACGCCAACGAUAACCCCCCAGUGUUCAGCCAAGAAGUGUACAGAGUCCGCCUUCGAGAAGACUUGCCUCCAGGGACGACUGUCCUAAGGCUGAGGGCCACGGAUCAAGACGAGGGCAUCAAUGCAGAGUUCACAUAUUCCUUCCUGGGUGUGACUGACAAAGCCCAGCGAGAGUUCUCUCUGGAUCCCAUAACAGGAGAUAUUAUAACUCUACAGUCAUUGGAUUUUGAAGAAGUAGAACGAUAUACGAUUGGUGUGGAGGCAAAAGACCGAGGAUCUCUUUCUUCACAGUGUAAAGUAAUUAUAGAGGUUCUAGAUGAGAACGACAACCGUCCAGAAAUAAUGGUCACUUCUCUCUCCGACCAGAUUUUGGAGGAUUCCCCUUCUGGAACGGUUGUGGCCCUCUUCAAGGUACGAGAUCGAGAUUCUGGGGAAAAUGCAGAAGUCACUUGCAGUUUAAGCGGAAACAAUCCAUUCAAGAUUCAUUCUUCCUCCAAUAAUUACUACAAGUUAGUAACAGAUAGCAUCCUAGACCGGGAACAGACCCCAGGGUACAACGUCACUAUCACAGCCACAGAUAGGGGCAAGCCGCCCCUUUCCUCCAGCACAACAAUCACUCUGAACGUCGCUGACGUCAACGACAAUGCACCUGUUUUCCAGCAACAGGCCUACCUGAUAAACGUACCAGAAAACAACCAGCCCGGUACCUCCAUAACCCAAGUCAGAGCAUGGGAUCCAGAUGUGGGAUCCAAUGGCCUCGUCUCCUACUCCAUCAUAGCCAGCGACCUAGAACCAAAAGUGCUGUCGUCCUUUGUGUCCGUGAACCAGGACAGUGGAGUGGUGUAUGCGCAGCGCGCCUUUGACCACGAGCAGCUGCGCUCCUUCCAGCUGACACUGCAGGCGCGCGACCACGGAUCGCCCGCGCUCAGUGCCAACGUGAGCAUGCUCGUGCUGGUGGGCGACCUCAAUGACAAUGCUCCACGCGUGCUCUAUCCCGCUCUCGAGCCCGACGGCUCUGCGCUUUUCGACAUGGUGCCACGCGCCGCUGAGCCUGGAUAUCUGGUCACCAAGGUGGUGGCUGUGGACGCAGACUCAGGAUACAAUGCCUGGCUGUCUUACCAUGUGCUGCAGGCCAGCGACCCUGGGCUCUUCAGCCUGGGGCUGCGCACGGGCGAGGUGCGCACAGCGCGUGCUUUGGGCGACAAAGAUGCAGCUCGUCAGCGCCUUCUGGUCGUUGUGCGUGACAGUGGACAGCCACCCCUAUCUGCUACUGCUACACUGCUCCUAGUUUUUGCAGACAGCCUACAAGAAGCGUUGCCAGACCUUGUCGAUCAUCCCAUCCCCUCCGACCCUCAGAGUGAGCUUCAGUUUUACCUGGUGGUGGCCUUGGCCCUGGUCUCAGUGCUUUUCCUUCUCGCAGUAAUUUUCGCCAUUGCUUUGCGCCUGCGACAGUCGUCCAGUCCUUCAUCCACUGGUUGCUUUGGGUCGGUUCUUGGUUCCAAGUCAAGACCAGUACUUCCACCCAACUACAGCGAGGGAACAUUGCCCUAUGCCUAUAAUCUGUGUGUGCCAGGAGAUCAACUUAAGCCAGAAUUUAAUUUUCUCACAUCCGUUGGAGAUUGUCCAGCCGCACAAGAUAUUCUCAACAAAGAUAACUCCUCAGCACUGUUGGCUAGCAUUUUAACUCCUAGUGUUGAAGCAGACGAGAAGACCUUUAACCAGCAAGCCCCGCCCAACACUGACUGGCGUUUCUCUCAAGCCCAGAGACCCGGCACGAGCGGAUCCCAAAAUGGUGAUGAAACCGGCACCUGGCCCAACAACCAGUUCGAUACAGAGAUGCUGCAAGCUAUGAUCUUGGCCUCUGCCAGCGAAGCCGCUGAUGGGAGCUCCACUCUGGGAGGGGGCGCUGGCACCAUGGGUUUGAGCGCUCGAUACGGACCCCAGUUUACCCUGCAGCAUGUGCCCGACUACCGCCAGAACGUGUACAUCCCUGGUAGCAAUGCCACGCUGACCAGUGCUGCGGGCAAACGAGAUGGCAAGGCUCCUGCAGGUGGUAACGGCAACAAGAAGAAGUCGGGCAAGAAAGAGAAGAAGUAAUGUGGAGGCCAGGCCUUGAGCCACAGGGCAGCCUCCCUCCCCGCCAGUCCAGCUUUCCUUACUUGUACCCAGGCCUCAGAAUUUCAGGGCUCACCCCAGGAUACUGGUAGGAGCCAUGGCCAUGCUCCCCUUUGGGAAACAGAAACAAGUGCCCAAGCCAACACCCCCCUCUCUGUACCCUAGGGGGUUCAAUAUGCAAAGAGAGUUCUGCUGGGACCCCCUAUCCAAUCAGUGAUUGUACCCACAUGGGUAGCAGGGUUAGUGUGGACAUACACACACAAAAACCAUGCCACACUCCCUUAGUUACAGCUGAACUCAUCCAUCUUCCAACCCCUCUCCCUACCCCACCCACUCCUUCAGUCCCUCUCUUUGAGCAAGAUAGUUGGGCUGUUGGGGUGACAGGCGAGCUAAGCAGGCUCCUAGUUCUGAACAGUUGGGAGAGAAUUACAAUCUUUUGGCCUCUCCUUCAGUUCAGCUUUCCCCCAAAGCACGGUUUGGGACCAGUCUUAUCAUUUACUUCUAGAGCCUGAGACCAAUACUUAAGUUUUGGGGGACAGUCACCAUCGCUCUGGUACUGAUGAUGCUUGCUGGAUUUGGGGAAGGCAUUUUGCUACCAAGCCUCUUUUCAAUGCCUGGGGACUACUAGUCUUUUGUUUUUCAUUGUUUGAUGUUCCCACUGCAUGCUGUGACUUUCCUACACCUCAAAGAAGAGACUCCUUUGCAUGUCUGGAGACAGUAGGGGGUGGUAAACUAAAGGGAAGUUGAGUGUACACUGCUGGGAGUGGGGCAGUGGGCAAAACAGCCUGUUAAUAGGGUCUUGCAAGGGGCUCUGUAUGUACCCAGGGUACUGGCUCAAUCCUCAAAUUCUAGCCAUAGACAAACACCAGGCCAAACCCCUCCAUCCUGGUUCAGCCUGGGCAGCUUGGGCUGAGCCACCCGGACCAGUGGAUUUAAGCUGACAUUUCAGUCCAAGAAGACUUCUAAAUGAGUUUAAGACCAGAUAGCAAAAAGGGGCCUCUGUGGGUGCUGGGUACUCCAGAGGUGCCCUUUGGUGGGAGGGUCAGUGGUCCUAGCAGGAAGGGAGGCCCAGCAAUGUCAUUCUUGGACCCUGGGUCUAGUCCAGUAGCUAGAAAAAGGGACCAAGUGGCCAUAAAGUCUCAGCCAGUGAUGAGGCUUUUCCACUGGGCCCCUGUAGUCCUCAAGCCCCUGGCCUCCACCUUACCAGGUGCCAUUUCUUCUCAGAAGGCCACUGCCCAGGCCCCCAGGCCACCCCCUCGUGGCCAGAGACCGGUUAAAGCCCCCCAGUGCCUCCUUGUGCAUAGAACUCCCUCUGCCCCAGCCCUUACAGUAGUGUAGAAGCCUCCCCCGCCCCGCCCCCUCCCGUUGGUGUAGAAUAGCCAAUAGUAUAGUGUGGUGUGCUUUUACGUGAUGGCGAGUGGGCAGCGGGCGGUGGGCUGUGCGCAGCCGUCUGUCCUUUGAAUCUCAAUCUGCCUGCGCGGCCCGUGCUGUGUUUUGUGCUGUGUCCACACGCUGCGGCGACCCCUCCCUGUACUGACUUCUCUAUAAAAGCUUCUCUUCGCAUAGUCACGUAGCUCCUGCCCAUCCCCCUUCCGAUAUCUCUCGCAAGUUUUAUACUCUAAUAUUUAUAUGGCUUUUUUCUUCGAAAAUUAAAAAUAAAAAAUGGUUUCUUCUGAAA